AUGCCGUUGCCCUUCAGCCUGAAGGUCCUCCACCAGGUGCUGUUGGCAUUGGCUCACAUGCACAAGAGGCAGAUGAUGCAUUUGGACAUCAAAGGCCAAAACUUGAUGUUCCAGGUCUCCUAUCGAGAUACCAUCUUGCCGCACGAGCGUGCUGGGCACCCGGCACCGAUGAUGGUCAUGAAGGCGCCCCACGUGGUGCUCGUGGAUUUCGGCACCGCGCGAAGGAUGGAGGAGGUGAAAGGUGAGCCCAUUGGCACCUGUGCCUUCAUGGCACCAGAAGUCUGGAAGGGAUGCCUCUCGUCGAAGGCAGACGUCUUCAGCUUGGGUGUGGUCUUUUUCCAGAUGCUGGCUGGGAAGUUGCCCUUUAAUCCGCCAGACACCAUAGACCUGGCCCAGGAAUACUGGGCCAUGGAGCCGUUGCCUCCCUGGAAUGAAGUGCCGUACACAGCACCUCUGUGUCAAGAGGUCUGUGACUCCCUGCUGCAGGUGCCUCAGGCCUCACGACCUCAGGCCGAGGAGCUUUUGCUUCACCCACUCUUCGCGGAUCUGCACGAACAUCAUCCUGAGGAGGAGACGGUGGCCAUCCCGACGCACUACGCUCAGCGCUUGGUGAAUUUUGCGGGCAAAGAUGUGCUCCAGAAAUGCAUGCGACUCCGCUUGGCACGCGCUUGGUCCUCAAACCAAAUGCCCAGUUUCAGGCGCCUCUUCGUGGCCUUGGCGCCGCAGGGGCGCUUGCCGCCCGCGCGCCUCGUGGCGGCGCUCUCCUGCUCGGGCCUGGCGGAGCGCUACGGCAGCGCGGCGCUGGUGGCACAGGCGGCGCAGCAGGCGGCCGACGCGCUGGUGAACGAGGAGGGCGCCAUCAGCUUCACCCUUUUCGUGGCGGCUUUGGCAGAUUUGGGCGAUCCAAAGUACGAAAACUUCCUCCUACAGAGCUUCGAGCAAGUCGACCAUGAUGACGACAGUCUUCUGGGCAUCGAGGACUUGGCUGAAUUGCUCUCUGCUGACAUGAAGCGGCAUGCCGUCCUGCUGCAGGAGUUCAUGGUUGCGUUAACCGGUCAUGCGUCGCCCGGCACCAAGCUCGAGUGGCGCCAGUUCCUGCGGCACUUCCAAAGCCGUGACGCAGCAGAGGCGGCACCCAGGGAAGCCUCUGAGUCGCCGGAAGCUCCUGACGUGGCCAAAGGGCCGGACGCCUUCUUCCAACACUUCGCUGGGACCCUGCUGGACCGCGCAGUGGAACAGAUGCACCGGGCUGAGGCGAAGGGCGCGAAGCGGGCGCAAGGGAGGUUGCACGCAGCGCAGCAGGUUUUGCGGCGCCUGCCCAGACAACCCACAUCCGGCUGGCUGGCUGGUGGUCCAGGCGAGGCACACCGCGACUCGCUGACGGACGUGUGGCGCUUCAUGGAGGAGCUCCAGGUCUUGCUGAUGCAGGAUGAGGUCUUCCGCCAGAGCGACCUGGCCUUUUGCUCCGAGCCGGCCAUCGCCUGUGUGGCGAUGCAUCGUGCUGGGAAGCCAGUACUGGGCUACUUCGGGGUGCACGUCGCCUUCAUGAUCCACGAGGGGAGAGAUCAAAAGCGUCUUUAUGGGGCUUUUCUGGAGUUGAGCCAGGAUGAGCGCCACUCGUUCGCCACGAAAGCGCCCUACCUGUCGUUGCAGGUCUACAGCCAUACCUCCUUGAAGCUUCCGGCCAUCCGACCGCUCUCACUCUACACACAGCCGGUGAUCUAUUCCGGAGCCGAGUCCCGGGAAGUGCUCCUGAACCGGCGUCCUGUGCCUUUUUGGAACAGGCGCUUGUUGAUGAACUCCUUCGCCGAGCUCAAUGGCUUCCACUUCAGGUUUGAAGUUGUGGAGAGACUGGCGGACAAGAGCUACAGCAACUGGCUUUCUCACCGUGCAGGCAUCUACUACCCCUAUGAUUGGCUCCAAACGAUGGGUUUCUAUGAUUGGAUCAAUAUGGGCCUGCCGACGUUUGUGCCGGACACACCCAUGUACACCUACACCAUGCAGGGCACCAACAACAGGGGCUGGACGUCCUCGAUAUUCGAGCCGCCGAAGGAGAUCUAUCCUUACAGAUAUCAGGACUGGGAGGACUUGGAGUCUCGCCCCUCGGGCGUGGUCUGCACGUGGUUUGAGCGAGCGAGCGAACUCUGA